UAUUGAAAGUUCGAGCCAGUGGCUGGGAUAAUUUGUAUUUUAUCCUGAAACUGAACAUUAGCCGCUGUAACCAUCCACCUCUCGCACCUGGCAAUACACCUGCCUGUUGUUACGGUCAACACCCGCACGAGACCUCCGGGCUUCACUAACGCUGUAAGGAUGAAGAUUGAGAACAGCCUGCCCCGCCCCCAGCUUCCCGAGACUCCGCCCCAGACAGGCCUGCAGUUCACCGUGGCGACGGAGGAGGACUUUGAUGAGAUCAUGGCCAUAAGCCAAGACAUCUACGGAGGGCUUGACUACCUACCGACCCGCUACACCGCCUGGCUAUCCGAGUCCAACCGCACUGUCAUACUGGCCCGCAAGCAGGGCAAAGUGAUUGCCCUGGAGUCGGUGUGUGUGAUUGACGAUGGUGAGACCAUGCUGGUGGAGGGGUUACGUGUGGCCCCCCAGGAAAGAGGGAAGGGUGUGGCAGGGGUGCUGCUACGGUUCUGCUCUCAACUGGUCAAGUCCAAGUGGCCUGAGGUGAAGGUGACCAGGCUGACCCGUGAUGACCAGCUGGGGCCCAAGGACUUCCAGAAGUACCGCCUCAUCACCAAACAGGGCAUACUGCUGGUUCGCUUCAAUGCUGAAGAUCUCAAGCUCCGGCUCUCCGAACUGGGACCGGUUGUGACCCUUCCCACCUACUCCGAAGGUACCCCCCAGGGUUCUGACACCCCUCUGGUUCCCCCUGUCCUUCUGGACCUCAACGAGGCCCACCAGAUGUUCCUCAACUCGGGCCUGAUGUCCAACGUACUCCCCAACGCUACCAUCGUCCAGGACUGGCAGCCGUUCAAGCCAGUGCCCAGCAACAUGGUCAUUCUUCUGAAGAAGGACAUCGACUGGAUGGUGGACGACCGCUACACCCCCACUGUGGCCAGCCUGUGCACCCACCCCUUCUGGGUUCCUGGAGGUCCUCGCGGAGUUGGGACGGACACGUACUACCUCAACAUCGACGUGUUUGGCAAGGACAUAGGCCUGGUGCUCCAUCAGUUCCUGAGUCACCUGAGGCGCCACGCCACCACCCUGAAGGGGCACGUCAUGUGCCAGAUGUUCCUGGAUCCUCCCAUGUGGAAACCCAUGGCCGAGUUCUGUUGCCAGACACUGAAUGUGGAGCUGGUGAAGGAAUACACGGAGCAAUGCGUGGUCGAGUCGGAUGUCGUGUAGCCCGGAGGAAGAGGAAGGAGGAAGAGGAAGAGGAGAGACAAGAUGGAAGAAGAAGUAACAUGAAAUCAUUUUAAAAGUUUCCAGAGACCCAAUGAACGAAUGAACCUCAUUCUCUUUAGAAAAUGAAAUGGAAAAUUUCCCCAAGAAACUUCAGAAGGAUUGGCAACAACCUCGCUAAGCAACUCUAGCGAAACACCUCAGAAGCUGCAUAAUAUUUGCAAUAUGUUUGAUUUGAACACUACCGCUAACAGAAAUAUUUUACACAAAAAAAGGCAGCUACAUGAAAAACUUUUGACUAAUUAGUUUGAAUUAACUUCUCACCGUUUUUUUUUUCAACCAUUCAGUCAUUUACACAAAUCUAGCUCUGUUAUUCCUGUUAUUCCUUUAAAAAAGACAAAAAGACAAAUGCAAGCUAGCUUGGAGAAUAUCAUGCCUUUCAAUCCUUUUAAUGUAAAUAUAAAGUAUAAAUAUGUACACAUUCUGAAUUGCAAAUAAGUCUGCACAACUCUUGAGGCACUUUAUGAAACCAUAUGGGCUGUUGUGCUAAAGUGCAAGUGAUGACGGGAGGAGGAAGGGAGUCGUUUAACUUUUAGAAAUUACAGAAUAUAACUGAUUCAGAACGCAUCACUCCCAUGGUAACGGUAGAAAUCCUUAUGGACCUAAUCUAUCCAACACCAUAUCCCCAAAUACUGUCCAACAAACAAUAGCCCUUCAGUGAAUCUUACAGAGCAUUUGCACGCUUAUAAUUCACACAAAAUGGCUGAAACGCAACAGCUACAAUUACACUUAGUUUAUAACACUAAAACAUGGCCAGUUUGCAUUUAAAACAAUUUCAUUUUUUUAAACAAUUGCUCAGAUGUUUUGUUUUUAUGUUUUUAAGCACUUAAUCAUAUUGCUAAUUUAUUGUUACUUUUCCUCGUGUACUUGAAUGCAACCGUAGUAUCUAAAGAGGUAAUAUAUUAUCAGCAGAAGCUUUCUGGAGGCUUUCUAAUACUUAAUGUGCAAUCCAAGCUUACUCUAUAGUACAUUGCUAGUAGUGUGAAAAAGGGAGCUGUACUUACUUUACAGUAAACCACAAAGACUAAAACAAUUUAACUAAUGUAGUUCUGAUUGACUUAACAUUAACAACAUUGUUCAGUAGCUAGAGAAAUAAUUCCAUGGUAAAUGUCGCCAUCGCAAAUAUUAGCUGACAACCUUUGUAAAGACUGAAUUGUAGUCCCUCAUCAACAUAGACUCAGUCAUCAGACAUGCUGUGAAACAGCCCUCUGAAACCAUUUUAAGCUUCGUAGCCACUCUAAGAUGCUUCAUAACCCCUCUACGAAGCUCCAUAGCUACCCUAAGAAGCUUCAUAAGCUUUGGGACAUGAUCAGAGCUCAGAUAAGCAAAUGGGACACCCUUUGCUCUCGAAAGUUUCAUAACCACUCUACUAAGCUUCAUAGCCACUCUAAGAAGCUUUAUAAGCUUUCGGCUCUUGAACGUUCCCUUUAAGACAUGAUGCCCUUGACACUAUGUAGCACUGAACGAGCCUACAUUGCAACCCCCAACUUGAGACUAAAACCACUACAGAUCAGUUACUGGCCACUUCACUGACUCCAACCUGCCCUCGUUGUAAAAGGGACCUUGUUGUAAAGGAUGAAAUGGACGGAGGAAGAGAAUAGCUUUUUAUUUUUUGGUAGACUGAUCAGUGGUUUGCCUGUCUUUCCCUGACUCUAAAGGAUGAACGCACUCACCCAUGAUAACUGAAGAAUUUAGGACUGGAUCAAUAUCGGACGAUGGAUGAGAUGCCUGGAGAAAGUGGAAUGAAGAAUGAAGCAAAUUACAUACCGGAUUCCAUAUUCUUCAAACCAACAAAACAAUACUUUGUCAAGGCUGACAAUGAUUUUCUCAGUUCUCUGAGAAGCACUUCCUAUUUUUUUCACCGAUCGAAGAAGCAAACAUGGACUGACCCCCCUUCUUUUGCUGUGGCGAGUCGUGAGGAAGCCAAAGAUGAAGAUGAAGAUGUGAGUUGCCUGACUCCAGUGGCGAAGAGAAGAAGCAGUACACAAUCAUUCCUACACCACCCCACCCUUGUCUCUAAAGGCAUUCCCCUACACAACGUACGAAACCCCACAUGAAACCCCCCAAUCAAAUCAUUUCUAAGAAAUUCUCCAUCAUAUGGGAAGGUGGAGCUUUUCCUCACAAGCCCAUACAACCCCUCUCUCUGUCCAUCUCUCCUCAUGAAUAGAUUGAAGACCAAUUUAAAGCCACUGAGUUUAAAACAUCACUAUGUAGGUUAUAUAAAUCUCUUGGCUGGUCAAAUGUAAGGUUCCCUGGAUGCACUGUCGUAUCCAUGCCGACCAUCUGGUGUAUGUAAAUGAUCUUGGAGAGCGUGCUUUCCUGCUGCUAGUGUGUGCCCACAAGACCAGAUGAUUUACCAAACGUAUUGUUCAGAAAACGGCCUAGUUAAAUUUCUCCCUAUUUUUUUAAAGCUGGUUUGAACAAUUCAGAUUUUGGCUUCGUAGGCUACGCCACAACACGAGAGUAGUCGUUUUGAAUUUACCUUGGUGGUGGUUGGACAUUUAAUGAAUAGAGCUCAGUGUAUUUACAAAAAGGUCACUGAGAUGGGAGAAUAUGAGCUAAUUUGUCUCUUUGAUUUUAAAAACAUUUGAAAAACUCCAGUCCAGUCCACACCCCAUAUCUGUGUCUGUCGGACUGCACGAUUGGCAAAUGGAAAGCAGUUCUACUGUUACUUCAUGUUCUCCUUAUCUCGCCAUGGUAAAGUUAAAAGCAUCUGAGUGCGAGUGGGGAGUGUGAUUUUAUAAUUCCACAGUGUCACGGUGGUGUUGGUGUUAGUGGCGGUAGUGGACUUUGCAUGGUCACAGACACACAGUGUUGCAUUGUAUGACUGCCGAUAUACCCUGCAUAGUCCACAGAUCCACAGAUCAACUGAUCCAAUGGCUGUCCAAGACCAUAUGGCUAAAAUGGAUACCAGUACACACCGCAGCACGUCCAGGGAUACGACAGGUUGGAGGGUAUUUGGUUGGAGGGUGAACACAAUCUUUGAUAUGAUGCACACAGACAUGUAUUAAAAACUUUAAAACUAUUCCCACAGCCUCACCAUGCCCAUGCAGUCUAUUGCCCAAAUGCCCACUACUUACCCACCCAACAACAUGUUCUAAUCAAUGUUGUAUCCACUACUACGAUAGAGACAAGGUUGUUGUCAUUCAAACUGCCUCAGUCCUCAACAUACACAUCCAGUAAAGACUAUAUCCCACCUCCAUCUUCAUACGGACUAGACAUGAUGGUUUUUAUCUUAAUUGUUGUCUGGUGAAUUGGUGGUUUGUCACCUGGUAUAUUUCUGUACUGUAUAUUUCUAUAUUUGACAUGCAGAUAUAUGCACAGUGUUUCAGGGAGAUGUGAAUGUUGAAAUAAGAUGCAGUACUGUAGGUGUCUUUUGUCUUGUUCUUAAAGGUAUGUUUUGUGUGUUUGAGGGAAAGCUCGAAGGAGAAUGUUUGGCAGAGAUCCAAUGAGAUUUGAUUGGUUAUAGAGUGCUCCAAAUCUGAUAAUUCCGGACUCAUUCCAGAAUUAAAAUAAUUCCGGGCACUCUUAAAAGAUUAUGUAGCAGUACAAGUCAUCCACUGUUGCAACAUGGGAACUCUCCUUCCUCCCUUGUCCCCCAUUCCACACACACAGCCGAGAGAACAAAUGGUGUUGAACCAACAGCUUUGGGAAUAGAUAUGAUGAACAGGGUCGAUAUUUAAGUGUUUCCUAAAGCACUGUGUAUUAGUACGUGACAUGCAUUUUACAUGUGAAAGAUACUGUAUGGUUAUGUACUAAACCAGGAGGAGGGUAUUUAAUGCUCUCCCUUGAUUAGGGGGUUCUUAACACAAUGAGGUUACUGUUACUGCACUGUGCUGCCAUUGAGUCGGAGCUCGGUCUGAGGGCGGUAAAGUAAGCACUUUGUUCAGCCGAUUCAUUGGCUCUCUGCUGCUGUGAUAAUGUCGGGGAGGGAAGCAGGGUGAAGUGAAACCGAAAGGAUGUGACAUCAGUCAUUCAUAGUUCUAACUGAACAGCUGGUGUGUUCUGUCGCGCUGUCAUCGUCGUCAAGGUCGAUGUUAAUCAGCCACUGUUAUGGAGCAAACGUUAGAUUGAGACUAAACACCCUGUGUGUCAUCAGUUCAAGCGCACUGUGCUUGUCCAUUGCCGCGACAGACGAAGAACUAUUAUUGAAUAAUUUAUCGUUAUGAAUCUGAUUGCAUGCUUAGUUCUAUAUUUGCUGAUUAAACAUAAAUGUCAUAUUUCCCCCCCCCAAAAUAUAUUUAUUUUUAUUAAUUAAGACAUUAACGAUCAAGUUUGAUGUACAAACCGUACUUCAUCUGAUGGCUGGUUAUCAUUUAGCUGUGACUCUGUGUUCUCUGAUUGUACAAAUGUAUGCAGGUGUUCUUUGUGUCUUUUUAAAAAAUACUAAUGAUUUCCUCUUAUAUACCUUGUAUUCCAACCAUCCCAUUCUUUUCAUUUUAAUUCCUCACCGCUUUUCACUUUGUUCUUAAAACCGUCACAACAUUUAAUCUCUUUAAAUCUAUAUUUGGUCAUUUUGAAUACGGACACACUUGCAGUAUUAUAAACAGCUGGAGCUGAGAUGAAGUAGAUGAAUGGGAGUUGCUACAGUUCUUAGCAUUUUGUCUGACAGAAAGUGUGACAGGUGCCAUGGUGACGUGGUUGAAACAGACGGGAGGAAGUUCAGAGAUGAGCUUCUAUUGAUAACAUAGACUGAUCCCAGAUCUGUUUGCGUUUUAGCCAACUCCUCUGUCUAUGAUAGUCAGACAAAUUUGGCUGAAGUACGUACUGAUCUCGGACCAUUAUAGUGGCUCGUUUUAGUAGUUAUGGCUAUGCUUGGUGGUGAAGAAGGGGAGAGUAAACCGAAACCCUCAUCCCUCAUUUAUGAAAUGGUGGAGGUGGAGGUCAUAAAGAUGAGGGGGAUGGAGGACGGAGAGGUCAGGGAGAGAGGGAAGGAGGGAUGGUGUGGGUGUUGUGGAGGAGGAGAUGAGGGAGUUUCUCUCUGUCUCUUAUUGUAGUACCUAAGAGGCUAAACCAGGGGAGGAUGGUUACAGUAGGUUACAGAACCCUGAAAAAGUCUAUGAAGCUUUGUCGCCAAGCUAAGAUGCUUUAUAACCACUCUAUGAAGCUCCACACGGUAGAGUCUGACCUUUAACCCACAUGCACAGUAUGUAGGUAAAAGUUCAGACAAAAACGUGGGGGAGACAGAGAUAGCAACAGUAGGGAGAGGUGAAUGACAAUAGAGGACCAGGCCGGUCAAACUAUUUAUAUCUACUACAUUGUUAUGUAUCCACACUAUGUACCCUUCUAGUGUCUAGGGCAGAGCACAUGACUUCCUGGUUCUCUAGCUACCCAUGGACAGCAGGUGUAAAACACCGGUGACAAUUUAUCACUCACAACGCUGACAUUGAGACACUGACUAGACCAGAGCUCUCCAACCCUGUUCCUGGAGAGCUACCCUCCUGCAGCUUUUAACCCCAGUUGUAACUAACCGGAUUUAGCUUAUCAACCAGCUGGGUUAUUAGAAUCAGGUUCGCCGGUUUAGGGUUGGAGUGAAAUCCGUGAGGACGGUCGCUCUCCAGGAACAGCGUUGGAGAUCCCAGUUCUAGAGUCAGUGUGUCUCAAGUCAGUGUUGUGAGUGAUAGACUGUCACCAGUGUUUUACACCUGCUGCCCAUGGGUAGCUAGAGAACCAGGAAGUCAAGUUAAAGCUGUUCUGUUUGCAGACUGAGGCUGUGUUCAGAGUGAACAUCUAUUCCCUACAUAGUGCACACUAGGCAAUAGUGUGCCAUUUGGGACGCACAUUCAGUGUCCUUUCCAAGCUAAAAUACAUUUGGCUUAUCGUUGAAUCCCCUAUGGUGAGGUGAGAGCCAGCAAGGUUUGUAUUUAUAUCUAUAGGCUAACUCCACAUGAGAUGGAGUUGAAGGCCCGUCACCUGCUGAUAUUAGGAUACAUGAUACAGUAAGGCCCCUUAAACACACACUCACACACACACACACUUUAUACACAGACAGAAGAGUCUAUUCCUCUCCUAAACUGCUUACUGCUUAGCCAGUGACAUUUAAGAGGCUACGACGACAGUUAGCUAGAGUUUCAGAUUUGUGUGUGGGUGCAUGUGUAGAUGUGUAGAUGUGUGUGUGUGUGAGUGAGUGCGUGUCUGUGUGUGUAAUCUGUCGAUGUGUCACAGUGUCUGGUUGCACGGCGAGAGACACAGAGACCCUUUUCAGACAGAUUUCUCAGAUGGUUGUGAAUGGAAAGUCUGGUUGUGUCCCAAAUGGCACCAUGCUACCUAUGUAGGGUACUACUUUUAACUAGGGCCCAUAGGGAAUAGGGCAAGAUUUAGGGCAACAACUCUGCGAAAGAGAGAACGGGGGGAAGGGGCAGAGGAAAAAGAGGGAAAGGGGAGAGGUUAGGGAAAAGAGAGAGAGUUUUUCAGAUGCUUGUUGUGGGUUUUGGAGAGAGACAGAUUGGUACCUACAGUACUGUCUGGUUUUAUGGCUGUUGGAAGCUGCUGCUGGUGAAAGUGGUUUUGGCUGGGUGUUUAAUAAGGAUCUAGGACUGCGUGGAAUGGAUUCAAACAGCUGUCUCGACCAGUUAUUGGGAUCGAGUAACCACGAGUAAUGUAGAUGUACACACACACAGACACACACACACACUUGCAACAUAUGUAACACACACACACCCACACACACACGCUUGCACAUUUAACACAUUUGAAAACUAUUUUUUCACAAUCCUAUUUUUCUAUAUCUUCUAAAUGAGUGAAAGCAAAGACCCUAAUGCAUGUUUUAUUAUGGCCUUGUCAACUUCAGAAAGGGCUGUUGAAUUUAUAUUUCAUUUUGUUCUCAGUUUUUCAUCCAUUCAUUUAUUUGUUUAUUUCUCCUUCUUUUAACCCUCUGUAUUCAGACACAUCUUAAUCUAUGACAAAGAUUAGGAUAAUUUUGUGACCCCAUUUUUGUCUGAACCUGGGAAAGGAAUCAAGAAGAAAAGCACAAAUGAACCCUUGAUUGCCUGACUACUAGCAAAUAUAAAGUCUUUGCCAAAUUAUAAAUUCAACUAAAACCACCAUCAAAACAAAACUGGAAAUAAACUGGAAAGACACAACAAAACUGAAAAGGCAGCUGGAAUUGACCAGUGGGUACAAGCUUUUGAAGUGUGUUCUUCUUAAUGUCCUGCUUAAGGGAAAAACUAAGAAAAAACCCUUGUGAGAAAAAAAAAACAAAUCUAAUCUUACUACUUGGCCAUACUGCACCAUGCCAAUGCCUCUUUUGUGAACAACUACUGUAUGUGUGCUCUUGUGCAAUUAUCUCUUAUGUUACUGUUGAUGCGAAAUACUGUAAGGAACAUGGGAGUGGUAGAAACCGUAGGAAUAGAAACAUGGCCGCUGUUACUGUUGAUUUGAAUGUGAAUGGCCGUUCUAGGAAUUCUAUUUCGAUGGGCGAGAAACGCAGCUGGACCUUCUACCCUAUCAAUCUGUGACCAUGCAUAUAGCCCAAGUGUUGUGAUACCUAAUGAUGCUAACCGUGCUACAUGCAUGUUAUCCAACCCAAAUUAUCAUCUGACUGUCCUGCAUAUACAGUACAGUAAUAUAUGUGGCCUGGUCACGUUUGUGUGUACAUUGUAAAUAACCUAAAAGCCUAUCUAUCCAUCUAAAGGGCAGAAAACAAGACACAGCAUAUUGUAAUUUUGUACGUUUGAACAGAGAUUUCAGAUGCUAUGUGCAAGAUAAAAACAAACACUAAAACACAGUUUCUGGUUACGUCUCCACACCCAAGUUCUGAAAACAUUUUAUAUGGGGAAUGAUUUUUCUGUAACACCAGAUGUAAAGGGGGGGAGGGUAGAUUUCUGUGUAACACCAGACAUGGUCAUUCAGUGGGUUUUCAUUCAAUUCAAUUCAAACUUAUUAGAGCUUUGUGAUGAAAUAGUCCACCAGCACAUUCAUUCCUUAGGUAAUGUUGAGUGAAUACUCUUACUCCGUUUCCUUAUUUCUUUCUUCUUCACAUCCAAACAUGUAAAGAAAAGAAACAGCAUAUUAUUCCCUUUAUAAGGUGGAAUCCACCUGAACACUGGGGUUUUUUGGGGUCUGAAGUCGUACCAAAGACUUCUCAGAUGGUCUCCCAAGGCAACGCAGCAAAGACCCAACUGUCAAUCUAUAUAUUAUUGUUAUCAGAAUCAGCUUUGGUUAUCUAUGAUAACAAGGUCCAAACACAGCUUCUCUGUACGACCUACUAUACAAAUUCUCCUAAAUGUACCUGUGCAGAAAUUGACCGAUUCCAAUAACUGCUGAGCCUGAAAGAGAUUUAAAAAUAAUUAGAGAUAUUUUGAGAUUAGAUAUAUCUGGAUACGCUGAAUAAUCAAAUUAAACAAACAGACAGCUGAGGUUAAAGACAUGGCCGCUCAUGAUUGUUGCUCAUGAUUGUUUUUAUUUUUCAACAACAAGAAAUACUCACACUUACCUUGCCAAGCUUUCACUAUAGCGGUCCAACUAAAUGACCAAUGUCUGAAUAAACACACAUACCGUAUAUAGAUUUAGGUUAGAUGAAAAUGCCCAGACCUUGACCCCUGCUCGGAACCACCAAGGUCAUAGGUCAAAGGUCAUAGAGCAAAGGUUAUGGUUCCGGAGUUUUCAUUUAGCCCUUUUUCCUUGAUAUGGCUGCAGCUGUUGAGUAUCCGCUAGAGUUUCACGAUUAUAUACGGACGCACAGUACAGUGUAAAAUAUAUUGUACGUUGAAGCCUAUAUGUCAUUGACUCACAGUUAUAACAGGUUAUAACCAAGAUCCUGUGAGAUAAAAGACAGGAUAUAUAUUCAUUUAUCUCGUAACUUUACAGUUUUAAAUCAUUUUAGUGAGACUUCUUAUUGGAUUCACAGCUGUGUGUCUGUCGAGGUGGUAAAUACAGUGGUCAUGCCAUUUGAAGGUAUGCUGGUAAUCUGGAAAAAAUGUAUCUUUUUUUUUUCUUGGUCCUUCUAUUCAUUUUAAUAUUUUAUUUUAUUCCCAACUUUCUCUGCUUAUUCUCAAGCGGUGAUUUGGAGAAUUUUCUUUUCUCAUUUUUUUUUCUCAUUUUUUAAAUGUAUUAUUAUGUUUUUUGAUUCUUAUUAUUUUUCAGUUAUCAGAAGCUAUUUUUUUGUGAGACUGAGAUGCAAAACUAUUUUAAAUACAAUACUUAAAAAAACGACUUUACAAUCUACGAGAGAUCUAUGGGAUGUGUUUUUUUCUCUCUCCAAUUCGGAUGCAAAAAUGUGUGUAUGUUGGGGAUUGACAAUGGGUAUGGAACAGAAACAUGUGGCUAGGUUUACACGGAGUCCGACCACACUCAGCAUAAUACUUAAGAAACGUCUUAAGACAAUACGUAAGAUGCUAAUUAAUAAGAUAUGCAUUUUUACUUUGUCUAGGGCAAUACUUAUUCCUGUUUUGACCUAAUAUUCGAGUUAUGCAUUUUUUUAAGUUGUCAAGGCUAGGCAGGUUAGCUAGUAUUAUUAACGUUGUAAAAACUAGACAGGUUAGCUAGUAUUAUUAACGUUGUAAAAACUAGACAGGUUAGCUAGUAUUAUUAACGUUGUAAAAACUAGACAGGUUAGCUAGUAUUAUUAACGUUGUAAAAACUAGACAGGUUAGCUAGUAUUAUUAAUGUUGUAAAAACUAGACAGGUUAGCUAGUAUUAUUAACGUUGUAAAAACUAGACAGGUUAGCUAGUAUUAUUAACGUUGUAAAAACUAGACAGGUUAGCUAGUAUUAUUAACGUUGUAUAGAUAUUAAUGUUGUGCUACUAUUCUUUUGGGGGAAAGUAUAGACUUAGGUAUGGGGCACAGGAUAGAUGUUAAAGUUAAAUAACACACCUCACACACACACACUCCCAAAAUGAUUUUUCAGUGUAAACCUAGCCAUAUACUUACAUGGAAUACAAUUUUUUGAAUGCUUUAUAAUCAUAAAGUGAUUGCUACAAAUGGGUUAGUAGUAGUAUUUAGUGAUAAAAAAAUAUAUAUUUUUAAUUUUGCUUGCAUUUAUAUAAUAUUGUUGUAGUAGUAGUAAUACUGUAAAAAAAUGUGUACAUUUCAACAUACCUCCCUUUCUCUCCAUUCUCUGGAUAAGUAGUUUAAUCAAGGACAUUUUAACAUCUACAAACAUAUAAACCUUAUUAAGUGUAUAUUGCAACAUUGUUAAGGACAAAACAGCCGUGGAACACAGUAACUUUGUUUAAUUAUAGAAACUAUUGUGAAGUCAAGUCCAGGCUGUUUAUGUAUGUAGUAGUAUUUGAGUAGUAUUUUUGUCGUAGUAUAUUCUGAGAUGAAGUAAUGAUGAAAGUAACAAACAUGGCAGAAAUGCAUAUUGUUAGAAAAUGAAACUCCGCACUACAGACGGAUGUUUUCAAAAGUUAUUUGUUGAUUGUUUCUUUAUUAUCAUUUUUGUUCUUUUUUUUACAUUUAUUUUUUACUUUCUCUGUUCAGAUUUUUGCCUUUGUUAGGUGUUGUUAGCUAAAAAGAUAACAUUUUUUAAAAACGAAACAACAAGGGCAUGUCAGAAUGUUAAGCUCUUUCUAUAUAUUAAAAGAGCUCACUUUUUGUGUUAGAGUUACGGAAAUUUACAAGGACAAAAAAAAGAAAAGAAAACAAGAGAAAUAAAGGUGGGGUGGUGA